UUUCAAGUACUCGUUAAGUUUUCAUUUUAGACGGAACUUGUAAGUUUAUUUUUUGGAAAACCUUUGCGAUCGGAGAGAGUCGCUCUCAGGAAGGAGAGACAAAAACGUUGCCCCUCUCCACCCUCGAUGGUCCAUGAAGCAACUCGGUUUAAGUUACUUCUCCUAAGAUUUACACAUGGCUACUGUAAGAAAGAUUGUCCAUACUUCUAAGGGAGUUCAGCCGAUUCGUGGUGUGUACAGCCAAGCUGUAAUUGCAGACAAAACAAUGUAUGUGUCUGGACAGCUGGGACUAGACCCAAACACUAUGGAUUUUGUAUCAGAUGAUGUCACAGAGCAAACUAAGCAGGCACUGACCAACAUGGGCCAUAUUCUGGAGGCAGGAGGCUCCUCAUUUGACAAAGUUGUGAAGACCACCGUUCUAUUGGCGGACAUUGGAGACUUUGCCAAAGUGAAUGAGGUUUAUGCCACCUUUUUCACUUCAAAACAGCCAGCAAGGGCAGCCUAUCAAGUAGGAAAUCUUCCCAAGUAUGGAAAAGUUGAGAUAGAAGCAGUUGCGAUUGUGGGUGAGGUCACUGCAAGUAAGCUGUAAUGGCAUGGAGAUGUUGGGUGAUAUUCAAUGAUAUGUAAAAAUUUUAGAGCCAGAAGCGUUUUUUUGAUAAACCUCAGUAUAUGUCAAUAAAGAUCCUCUCGUUGAG